AUGGGUUUUAGAAAAUUGUUGACAUUCUUCAUCUUCCUGUUGUUGUUGAUAAUCCCAUCUUACUGUAAUGCUUCUGAGAAAGUUUCAGUGGCUCUCUACUAUGAAACUCUGUGUCCAUAUUGUGCAGAUUUCAUAGUCAACCAUCUGGUCAAGCUCUUCCAGAAUGGUCUCAUCUCCAUCAUCAACCUCAGGCUGGUCCCCUGGGGCAACGCUUGGCUCAACUCUGACGGCUCCUUCAGCUGCCAGCAUGGAUCAGAUGAAUGUUUGCUCAACACAAUUGAGGCCUGCACCAUUUCCAUCUAUCCUGAUGUGAACCGGCAUUUUGCAUUCAUCCACUGCGUUGAGCGCCUUAGCUUGCAGGGCAGACACAGUGCAUGGGCCAAUUGUUUUGAAAUGACUAGAUUAGGCACUACCCCUAUCGAUUGCUACAACAGUGGAAAUGGCAAUCUGAUUGAAGGAGAAUAUGGUAGGGAAACUGCUCAGAUUAAACCCCCACUUAGAUUUGUGCCAUGGAUUCUUGUGAACAAUCAACCACUUCAAGAGGAUUAUGAAAAUUUUAUGGCCUACAUAUGCAAGGCUUACAAAGGCAAACCUCCGGAAGCUUGCAGAUCAGUCCGUUUUACGACUGAAUCAAUGGGGAAAGAAAAACUGGUUCCUCAAGUUUGUCGUGCAAGCGAAGGAAGAAACUCUUCAUAUUAUCAGAAGCACCAGCACAGAAAGCCUCUGCACAUAGCAGGCUCUCAAAUCUCUAACUCAACAAUGGCUUCUGCUUAUCUGUUCUUCACUUCUCUCAUUGCCUGUUCUAUUUUCUUGACCACAUUUUCAUCUGAUGCUGCAGAAAAUGGCAGAUUUGGAGUUUCUAGGAUUGAAGCUCAGAAAGUUACUCUCUCAGUUUACUAUGAAACUCUAUGCCCAUUUUGUGCUACUUUCAUCGUCAAAAAUCUUGCUCAAAUAUUUGAUAACAAUCUCAUCACCAUUCUCAAUCUCAGACUGGUUCCUUGGGGAAAGGCAUCUACCAAUUCAUCUCAGAACUCCACUGUUUGUCAGCAUGGGCCAGAUGAGUGCAGGCUAAAUUCUGUGGAAGCAUGCGCCAUCAAUGUUUUGCAUGAUGUGAACAAGUAUUUUGCUUUGAUUUACUGCAUAGAAUUUCUGGCCAUUGAGGGAAGGCAGAAGGAAUGGCAAACUUGUUUCAGUUCGUUGGGGUUGCCUUCAAAACCCAUCUUGGAUUGCUACAAAAGUGGAAAUGGAACAAAGAUUGAACAAAACUAUGCUAAUGAAACCAUGCACCUCAAUCCGCCUCUUAAGUUUUUACCAUGGCUAGUUCUGAACAACCAACCAAUUGGAAAUGACUAUAUGUCUCUCAAAAAAAUUUAG